AUGAAAGCAUACAUUGAAACAGAGGGCCUCGUUUUGAAAGGUCAAUUACCUCAACUGGACGAUGAAGAAAAUGAUCUCGACAUGGCUAGCACUAUGUGCUGUGUGCCAUUUGCUGCAGUGGCGGUAGGCAAAGGCGAGAAUUUCGAUCCGAUAGCUUCCGACCGUAGCCUAAUUCCUUACAAGAGCAUUCUCUGGUCAGAACCCACAGAAAGCGGGGUUUUCGAUGAGUUAGAGGUCUCUUAUGCGAGGAAGGUGGGCCACAAGACUGGGGUAUUCACCAGUGUUUUCACGAUUGCAGCUGGGCCUAAAUCCUCUGAGUCUUCCUUGAUUUCCAGCACUGUUACAGAUGAUUCUAUCAUACUUUCAGAGAAGUUGAUGGCCCGUGCUUAUCCGGAUUCGAAACCGGGGGUUUCCGUAUUGGUGCUUAUUAAUCCACAUGGUGGUAAAGGAUUGUCUCUGAAGAUCUAUAAUAAGGAAGUGGAGCCUUUCUUACGCGCUGCACACUGCAAUUUGACCGUGAUAAAAACCAAGUACAGUGGUCACGCCACGGACAUUGCAGAGGAAAUGGAUAUAGACAAAUUUGACCUGAUACUAUGCGCUUCCGGAGAUGGUAUUCCUCAUGAAGUGAUUAACGGACUAUACAAGCGCUCGGAUAGAGCAAAGGCUUUCAACAAACUGGUCAUCACUCAGGUGCCGGCAGGAUCAGGAAAUGCUCUGUCUCGCUCGUGUUUGGGAACAUUGGAACCUUCGGAUGCUGUUCUGGAAAUUCUCAAGGGUGUCACGGUGAGAACCGAUCUAAUGGCUGUUUGUUCACAGGAUCAACCUGUCAUAGUCUCAUUUUUGAGUCAGACGUAUGGUAUUAUUGCACAGGCAGAUAUCGGUACAGAAUGGAUGAGAUGGAUUGGAGAGUCAAGGUUUGACAUAGGAGUGCUAUCGCAGGUGCUUUCUGGGCGCAGUUAUCCCUGUACUAUCGCUGUGAAGUACAUUGCCCGUACAAUAGAGGAACUUUCCGACUACUAUCGGAUACACAUGAAUGAUGCAUCAAAUGAUGCAGACCUUGAUGAUGAUGCCUUUGAGUUGAAAUACAAUGAUGUUUUCCAAGAGACAGACGACUUGUGCGAUAUCAGCAACUUACCAGGCUGGGAAAAACUGGAUGAUGAAUUAUGUAGUAAUAUGGGACUACUCUACUCUGGAAAAAUGCCAUACGUGUCCAAAGACACCAACUUCUUCCCUGCAGCUCUACCCCAUGACGGAUCUAUGGAUAUUGUGGUGACAGAUGUUCGAGCGGGCUUCUUCAAGACGGUGGAUGCACUUCUGUCAUUGGACAAAGGAUUGCACGUUUGGACAGAAGAAGUGACUCACUCCAAGGUGGAAGCAUUUAGAGUGAUCCCGAGAGCGAAACCGGGACAGCUUCCGUUUAUAUCUGUGGAUGGAGAAAACUUCCCGUUCCAGCCGUUCCAAGUCGAGAUAAUGAGGGGGCUGAUGAAAACGGUUAUGAGAGAUGGCUCGUAUACGGAAACUGGAUUUCUGGAUAAUCAUCGCAGAAUGCAGUUGGAUUCCACUACAUUAUAA